GGGCGAGCAGCGGGCAAGGCUGCCUGCGUGGAUCCCCAAUUCCAGGAUGCCCUUGUCGACGGCUGCUUGAAGCUUCAGAGCACGCUGGAGGUGCUGGAGUGGGUUCCGACUUCAACAUUUGUGAAGGAGGGCGCGGGGCAAGCACGACACAGCACAGAGUGGACAACGUCCCACUACGAUUCUUCACGGUUCAGGCAGCCAAGCCCACAGAAUCCGCGGUUGCCGCCGGGCCUUGUCCUGGGCACGCGGACUACGGCAUCGCCAAAAGCCGAGCUGGGUGUCUUCCAUUUGUCAGAGGCUCGUGCAGAUGCGACGUCUUCGCCAGACACUGCACUGCAUCGCUUGCUUGCAUUGGGAGAUGCCGCCCCUCAAGCCUCCGUGGAAGAAGCGGUUCGUGGGGAGAUCGACUCUUGGUCAGCUCGGCCACAACUUGUGACAAAGGUCAUGAGUGGCCUGGCCAGUCAAAGCCGGCACUGGACGAGCUUCUAUUUACUCGCCGCCUUGCAGAACGGCCGAUUGCAGCUGAAUCAGUAUCACUUCUCCGCCGCAAUUGGUGCGUGCCUGGGUGCAUGGAACUUGGUCUUGCAGAUCUUGGGGAUGAUGGCGGCGUCGGGUGUGGUGCCAUCGGUGAUCUGUAUGAAUUCAGCUAUUAGCAUCUUGGAGAAGGCUGGCAAGUGGCAAUUGUCAUUGCAGCUUUUCUCGUCAAUGCAUGCUGCGGAUCUUCUGCCAGACGUGGUAUCCUUCAACUCAUCCCUGAGCGCAUGCAGCCGGGGAAGCCAGUGGCAGACAUCCUUCAAACUGCUCAGCGAAGUCGCAGCUCAGAGUCUGGAGCCAGACAGUGUCACUUUCAACUCUGCAAUGGCCUCGUGUGCGCAAGCCGGUCUUUGGGAUCUCUGCCUGCUGCUGCUGACGAUGAUGCAGGACAGCGUUCCAGCGGACAUCAUCAGCUUCAACACCUCCAUCAAUGCGUGUGCCGGCGCCGGAACUUGGCAAGUCGCACUGUCUUUACUGGAGAGGCUUCAAGCAUUCCGCCUGAGGCCAGACCUCUUCACCUACAGCUCUGCGCUACGCGCCUUCGAACCCAAGGGCCUCUGGCAACUGUCGCUCAGCUUACUCGCCAGCAUGCAGAAGGACUCUGUGGACCCUCAGCCGAUCUGCUACCGGAGCGUAAUCAGUGCCUGUGAGCAAAGCAGCAACUGGGAGGUGGCUCUGUGCCUCCUAGCUUUCCACGAGGGCGACGUGAUGGGCUACAGUGCAGCAAUCAGUGCCACUGCAAAGGCAGCUCAGUGGCGCGCAGCUCUGUUUUUACUCGGCGUCGGCAUGCCCACUGCGAAGGUGAACCCCAAUGUCAUCUCAUACAAUGCAGCGAUGAGUGCAUGCGAGAAAUGCUCGCAAUGGCAGCUCGCGCUGCACUUGUUGGGUCUGCUGCCUGCCGCGGGCCUCCAACCAACGGUCGUCUCAUUCAGCUCGGUGAGCAGCGCUUUCGAAAAGUCAGGAGAAUGGUCCCUAGCUCUGCAUCUACUGAGCGAGAUGCCCGAGCAAGCGGCCCAGCCGAAUGUGAUAACCUACAGCAGCGUCAUCACUGCGUGCGCUGCGGGCAGCCAGUGGCAGCUCGCUCUUCUGGUGUUUAGCACAAUACAUUUGCAGAAUCUGGCUGUCGACGAAAUCAGCUGCAACUCAGCAAUCACUGCCUGUGAGAAGGCCGGGCACUGGACCCGGGCCCUGGCUUUGCUUCAUGGUAUGUCAGCCAUGGAGCUGGAGCGCAGCGUUGUGAGUUGGAGCUCCGCUGUCAGUGCCUGCGAGAAUGCGGAACAGUGGCAGGCAGCUUUUGCGCUGCUCGAUGGCAUGCUGCGUGCUGGGACAAGGCCGAACACGCUGACCCUCAAUUCUGCCAUCAGCGCCUGUGAAAAAAGCUCUCUGUGGCAAAAGUCCCUGCAGCUACUGUUUGGGAUGCGAGAGAUGAGCCUUCAGGCAGAUGGAGUGACUUUCAAUGCCGCCGUCUUGGCCUGCUCCCGUUCACGCCAAUGGCAAGAAACGCUUUGGCUUUUUGCAGACAUGCAGGCCUCCAAAGUCGAGCCUGAAGCGUUGACAUUCAGUUACGUUCUCAUGAACUGCGAGCAGUUCGGCCUCGUGAGUCACGAGGUUGUGGUCCUUGCCAGCCUGCGAGAUGUGCAUGGCCGGCGUAUCGUUGCGCAAAGCUCACUUGAGGGGAAAAGCUUUGCCAGUCUGCGCAUGCCAGGCUCUGAGAUGCUAAGCCAGUUUCGCACCUUCGAACCAGCCAUGGGCCGGUUGCCUCCAAGAGUGCAUGCGGCGGGCAUCACCUUCCAUGCGAAUCAGCAGGACGGUUUCUUCUACGGGCGUCCCGGGUUCGCCGGCAAUCAGGUGGAGCUCUUCCAAAAACACCAGGUGGGCGACUUGAGAGUCAGAUUCCUCUGUACGCCGGAAAGCGAUGCCACCGUCGUUGCCGUCCAGUGCCAGAAGGACAAGCUCGAGACGUUUGUCCCGUACCGUGUAGUCCCCCAAGCACCAUGCGAUGAUGAGCGACAGGAGCGGCUCAAGCUUGUCGAGGAGGGUGACAAGACCUGGAGGGAAGUGCGCCGAGACGGAAACUGCUGCACGGGCGGAGUCGCAACCUGCUGUUGCUGCCCUUGCAACACCCUCGCUUGCCUGACAUCCCAGGAGGUUGUCACGGAGGAAAUCUUCUACGUCUCAGAUUCCAUGGACCCUCCUGAGAAGCCAUUCCGCAGGGCGGUCUCACGGAACCCAUGGCUGCUGUGGAACUGGCGUCUCUUGGGGUGGCUGCUGAUGUACUUCUCCUUGCAUUUUGCCUUGCCAGUCCUGGACAAUGUCUUCGAGGGGCUGGGGCUUCAAAGGCUGCCAACUGCGGUGAACAUGCUGAUGCUGACACUGGUUUUGUGGUCAUUAGUCGUCGCAGUCGCCUAUGCCUGCUACCGUCCCAGCAUGGGCAUAAGGUACUGCCUCAUGGUUGCGAUCGUCGUUGGCAUACCGGUCAUUUACAAUCAGAUGAGUACUUCUGCGAGCUGUCAACAGGUCAAAGGUCGUCGGGGAAAUUUGAGUUCGUACAAUUAA